AUGCAAUACAGAGCUGCGUCACUCGCCUGUACAUCCGUCAGUUUGCAGCUUGUUGCUUCCGCAUUCCUCAUCAUUAUAUCCACUAUGUCCACUAUGUUUUCGAGAACUAUUUUUUCAUCUGCAUUGCGGCCACUGAGUAGGCCUGCACACCUCUCGCAACCUAUCCGUCCCCCAACUUUCCGGGUACCUUCUGCCCUUUAUGCGCGGCUUCUCUCUACCGAGACAAGGGAAGCGAUCGAUAAAGCCGUCGCGUCUGCCCCCGUUGUUCUCUUUAUGAAAGGCACACCAGAGACCCCACAAUGCGGAUUCUCGCGAGCCAGCAUACAGAUCCUGGGAUUGCAGGGUGUAGACCCCAAGAAGUUUGUUGCGUUCAACGUGCUGGAGGACCCGGAGCUGCGUCAAGGUAUCAAAGAAUACUCGGAUUGGCCAACAAUACCGCAACUGUACGUGGAUAAAGAAUUCAUUGGUGGUUGCGAUAUUUUGAUGUCGAUGCACAGAAAUGGUGAGCUCUCCAAACUCCUAGAGGAUAAGGGAGUUUUGGUGGCAGCAGAUCAAUAG